AUGUCGAAGAUCAUCGGUGACCAAACGAUUGACAUGGAAGCCCUCUCAGAAAUGGGCAUGAAUAAGGCCAACACAGCGACUCUCUCCGGAGGGGAGCGAAGCAUCAGCACGGUCAUCCUUCUCAUCGCGAUUUGGCACGCUACAAGCUCGCCAUUUCGAUGCAUUGAUAAGUUCGAUGUUUACAUGGAUGCCCACCACAAACAUAUGGCGACUCACAGACCGAGACCUGACGAUGAGAAUGAAACUCUAGAAAUCUCAAGUUCAGACGAAGAAACCGAAAUUUUGACGCCGGAAUUUUUUGCGCAGGCCGGGUCAAGGAAAUGGUACGAAAAAUUUUCGGCGACAGGCGAGUGGCGCUCAAUUAUGGAGCGAGACAUGACUACUGAUGUUCUCCGCGGGCUCCAGACAUCUGAUGACCAUCCACGUACAUUGGAAGGACUUGAAGCUCUCUUCUACAAGAAUCACUUUUGCGGCUGGCUUCGCUGCGUCGGAUUCUGCGCAGACAAGAACAAGCCUUUCAGAGCCUACGAGAAAAAAUCUGGUCAAGAAUACAACAUCAAAAAAGAUGCUCUUCGAAGCCAUCUGCGAACAAAGCACAAGAACGUCCAGCCGAAUCAACAAGAGCUUGCGCAAUCCAGUCAGUUCAGAAGUUUCGCUAGACUCCCGAAAAUCAAAGAUCAUGACAAGGAAACUCAUCGAGAAAACAAUGCGGCGGUAAUUGCAAGCCAACAUCUUAGCCUUGGUUUCUGGCAAAAAUCGGAGGUAGUCGAGCGAGAUCGACAUUUGCUGGCCUCGGUUGGAGUCAAUCCUGACGUGCUUCGCGAUUUUGGACCCACCUCCAGCUACGGGUCGAAGCAAGAGUUAAAAAAAUGCGCAGAGAAUUUAAAGAAGAUCGUUUCCAAGAACGUUCCCGAGCUGUGUCGGAGAGGAAUCGUAACUCUGAGUGGCGAUCACAAGUCUAUCCAAGGGCUCACCAAAGAUGGAUGCAAAAAUGGUCUCUCGAUUCUCAUCCAUCUCCAACGAGGAUCUUUGAAUUCAAACAUAACCCUCGACUUUGUGGGAUCUGAGACAACUGAUGACGAGACAACUUCCAGAAUCUUGGCUGACGUUCUCAAGUCUUAUGGCCUCACCGAUGUCUGGAACGCCAAACGUGUCAAUUUUGUCGCAGACUCCAAAUUAGAGGAAUCAUGGAGGAAAACACUUUGGUCUUCACAAUCUGCUGGCUGCACAGUCUCAACUGUUUGUCUGAGAGCAUUCAAAACAAUGCAAGAAUCUUCAUCUCUGAAGAAUCAUCCAUUUUUCUCACCCCAGCUCAACAUGAAGAGGACAUCACCGAGUUUCUUAAAGCCUGCAAGAAAACUGUCUCAGACUGUUGCGAUGACGUCUUCAGAUGCAUUGCGAAUUUACAAGCAGUCACACAAAGGAGACAUCAGCGCAGAAGAAGCCUUGAAAAAAGUAGCAACUUAUCCAAAGCUAAAAUCGAGCUACAGAAGUAUCAGAUUCUCUUCUGAUUUCGAAAAGUACAGCACGCUUGCUGCGCAUGAAAAGAACUUCAUGAAGCUGAGAUACGAGACUGGAGAUGAUAUCCCGCAACAUCUUGCUCCGGCCGUCCAGUUUCUUCCAUGUUUUAAAUGGAUAAAGGCGAAGGAGAUAAUUUUGCGCGAGCUUCACUUCCUCCAAAAGGAAUGCGAAAAGGAUUCUAGCAAGAUCAUCGAAUCGAUCCUGGCAUGCGAAAGACUCCUUGUUUUCUUCUGCAAUGUGGAUCUUCAGUUUCCUAACGAGCAGACUACCACCGAAUACCUUUCCAUUCUUGCGCGAGCAGGAAUAAGAAAGACUAUGCUGAUGAUCUGCGGGAAAGUGUUCGUACCAAGACACAAGAAGAAAGACGGCACAAUUCAGGAAGCAAAAACCCUCGAAAAAGGAAAAAACGAGCCUGUACGCAUCAACGACGCCCAUAAGGCCGCACUCUUCCUUCAAUGGCAAUCUCGACGGUGUAGACUUGGGGAUGCGCAGAAAGCACUGGAAUCGCGCGGCACUUCUAAGGAUGAGUUUUACUCGGAGAAUCUUUCAAUUCUGAAAGAACAAGUCCAGACAUGGCAAUCCGAGGCAAAAGAGUUCAUCGAAUCGUUUGCGCAAACUUUUCCGGAAGCCGAGAGUGAACAGACUGACGAAAACACCGCAUCGCAGGAAGUGACCCAAAUGAUGACAAAUCAACUCAGAUUCGACCCAGAAGAUCAGCCUCUCGUUGCGCAAAAACAGAAUCAACGAAGAGAACCAAGAACCAACCUCGAAAAGAUUCAGGACCAGAUUGCGCAAUAUGAGAACGACCAGGCCUUCCCCGAAUGGAUCAAAAGCACAGUCAAAACCAAGAAACUCGAUCCUUGUGCUGCAAAUUUCUAUUCGGAAAUCCUUCUUCUGUACUGGAAUCAACAAAAAGAAAGAUGGCCGAUGCUUUCGGAAGUUGCUCUUAAGAUUGCGAGUUUGCCAUCUACAUCCGCAACAAUAGAAAGAUCAUUCGCGGUUAUGGACUAUGAUUUGGACAAGCAUCGAUGUAACCAAACUUGCGAACAUAUUGCGCAUCUAGCAAUCACGGCGAAAUACCGACAGUUUACAGCAACACUGAAAAAAACCUUAGAACUCGAAGAUGCUUGUUUUCCCGCUGUUAUCCUCGAGGUGAUAUGCCUCGAAUCUAAAUCCUGUUCCGUUCACGUCGUUCCAAUCGGCGGUCCAGUACGCAAAAAGUCUCCGAUUUUCUCUUGGAGAAACCUUGUUGCCGGCAUUACAAAAAAGCCGGAGGAAUUCGGCAAAUACUACACUGUCAUAAAGACUCAAGACGAAAUUAAUCUUGACAGUAGGUACGCCGCAGUAAACAAUCGGCUCAAUGGAGUCAUAAAGGGAGAAAUUUCCGAUUAUCAAAUCCUCGAAAAUAUCGAAAUAGAGCCCGUACAGAAUUUUCAAGAAAAGGUCGCCGAAGCCGAGGACGAUCUUGAGGAAACCCUCCAAAGCCUUUCAAACUUGAAUUUAAAUACAACGGUAGCGGAACUUGAAGAUGAGGCCGAUAAGGAAAAAUCACUCGCAUCAGAAAUGGCGAGUGCAGAACCUCAGCAGGAUGAGGACAUCAAGGAAGAAGCUCCAAGCCCCUUCGACACUAAAGUCGAGGACUUUUCUCUUGUUGUCGACAAGCCACAGCAUGAAAUUAUUGAGGAAACAAAAAUUGAGGAAAUGCCCGGCAAAGGGCCCGACAACCUUGAUGAAGCAAUUCUUGAAGACAAGCAUGAGGAGGAAUUACAAAAAGCAUUAGAGCACUUUCGAGUGGUGAUGAGUCUAUGGACAGUGACUCCGACUCGGAAUGUUCCUCAAAUGAUCGAGCCCACAUAUCACUUAAUCAAAUGUCGAGCUCAACCAAAUACAAUCUCCCAAAAUUCCACGAAACGGAUAACAUUAAAUCUUGGAUUAAGCAAUGCAAGUUUGUUCUUUUUUAUGCAGGAGUAA